CCUGAUUCUUUUUCAUUAGUAAAAAUCUAACAUUCGCUAAAGGAAGACAUGAGUAACAAAGUGGCUGUUGUGACCGGCUCCAAUAAGGGUAUUGGUUUUGGAAUCGUGAAGGGUCUAUGCCAAAAGUUCGAUGGAGUUGUAUAUUUGACUUGUAGAGAUGUGGCCAAGGGGAAGGCGGCUAUUGCAAAACUAAACAAAUUAGGCCUACACCCUGAAUACCAUCAACUGGACAUCGGAGAUCGGGAUAGCGUUAUCAGGUUCAGAGACCAUAUUAAAGAUACACGCGGCGGGAUAGAUAUUCUUAUAAACAACGCUGGUGUCGCUCCCAAGUUCACCGACAGCUAUGACGCCCAUAAGGAAGUCAUCGAUAUCAACUACGGUGGUAUUCUAACUAUAGAAGAAUUACUUUUCCCGCUGUUGAGAGACAACGCUCGAGUACUUAACAUAUCGAGUGACUGUGGACACCUGUCCAAUGUUAAAAACGAAUAUUGGCGUAAUAGACUAUGCAAUAAGGCUCUUACAAGAAACGACAUCGAUGAAUUUGUGCAGUGGUAUUUGGAUGCAGUGAGAAAUGGAACAUUCAAAAGGAGUGAUAUUGCUGAUUAUGGAAGUGUUGCUUCCUAUAGAGUGUCGAAAGUAGCGAUUAGUGCUUUAACAAUGAUACAACAAAAGGAUCUCGCGUCUAGGAAUAUAAGUGUUAAUUCUAUGCAUCCCGGGUUAGUGUCCACCGAUAUGACGGCACGGAUAGGAUUUUUCACUCCGGACCAAGCAGCUGAAACCCCAAUAUAUUUAGUGCUCGAAGCUCCUCCGAGUUUGAGAGGCGCAUACAUUUGGUUCGACAGGCGCGUUAUAGACUGGUUCGAUUACAAUACUGAUUAUUAUUUCAAAUACGCGUCUGUGCCCAGACAGUUUGUAAAAAAUAUCAUUACCAGUAAAUGGCUUUUUAUAUUAAUUGUCGCAUAUCUCGCUUGUUAUUAUCUGUACGAGUGAAUACAAGUAAACAUUAUAAUUUGAUAUGAUAACGCUGUCAACCAAAUAGAUAACUUCAAUAUUACGUGUCAUUUUUAAUAACUUUACUGAUGAUUUUAUGCUUAUUAUUAGUAUUGUAAAAACCUAUAAUUGGCUCUCUAAUUUUAUAGAAUUUGUUUUUAGUGAAACUAUGUAGAUGUUAGUUUUUAUAAAAUUAAUACAAUAAAUAAUUAUUACACACGAGUGUAUGGUAUUCGUUUUUUUCAUUUUAAAAAGUAAUGUACACAGUUU